GUUGAAUACACCGCCCCAUUAUUUCAAAUGGGGAAAGAAGAAAGGCCAAGGCCAGCAGUGCUCCAAGCCCUGCCAACCUCAUAGACACUCGGCGAGGCACAGCGCAGCUCCAGAUAAAUAUGAGCGGUGCUUCGCGCGGUGCGCAGAGCUCACAGCAGCCGACUUCUUCACUCGAGAUCCUACCACGAAAAUGGCGCCGAUAAUUCCUACGUUACAUCCCCUUCCACCGCCAGGCCUCACGUUAUUCCACGGCUUCACUGCUCGUCAACAAGAAGCCCUCAUCGUCAAAGAGCAAUUCAAGCAUUUCUCGCGUUCCAACCUGCUCGUCGCAUUCAAAGGGCCCGAUGGCGGACCUGGGCAGAUGUUCCUCGAGAUCGACGAGGUGAAAAGGCGACGCUGGGCAUUUAAAAGCGCGACGACGGGCGAGGUGGUCAUGAAUCUAGUAAAAGAGAAGCACUGCUUCCACCCGCAUGUCUAUCAUGGGAUGGCGCCGGAUGGAACGGAGAUGUGGACGUUGGUAUUGAAGAGGCAUAGUUUCAGUGGGACAGAGUACUUACUCACCGUGAACCCACCCAACGAGCCCCCCAUCAGCCUACCGGUUGAAAACAAAAUCCAAGGCCAAGGGAAAGGAAUCCUCUUGAACGGAAACGCGGUGGCUACAAUGGAUCAGCCGGAGGUCUAGUCACAUAUGAGAAGAGAAGAACACGUGUACGUUGCAGCGGGGAUGGACAUUUUGCUGAGUGUUGGGGCAGCCUUGGUGCGUAUCGAUAAGCAGGCCGAGGAUGCGCAGGCUGCGGCCGCGAGUGCGGCAUAAAGCCGCAUAUGUAAGCUAGGUGCAGAGUACGCCGCACGGGUACUGCUCAAAUAUUACUUCACGAUUUCUCUG